CGGGAACUUGUCCACAGCAACGCCUUCGGAGGUCACACGGAUCGUACCCCACCAUUCAGAACGCAAAACAAUCAAAAAUCGCAUCAUCAACGAACCACAGUAACCCCCGAGGAGGGCGACAACCCAACAUUGAAAUUCUAUUUUUCUCCAAACAAAAUCCCGAGCAACCAAAGGCAGACUCACCUAUUCACCGAUUGAAACCAAGGUGACGGACUUGAAUCCCUGUCGCUUUUGUCGUACACGAACAUGUAAUCUCUCGUCUUCUGUUUGUUUACCAGGUGAUCGGACUUGCCCGUUGCGCCGAUCAUGAUCGCUCCCGUUGCGCCCAAAUAAAAGUGACUUGUGUUUGAAUCUUUCUCGCCGAGUGUAAACCAUAGGCCAUUUCUGAUCCAAGAGAACUACGAGUGCGAAGGGAUGCUGGGUCGAUCUCAUUGAAUCGUUGCAAGAUACAGCACUCGUGGCAUUCAUCGUUCUAGGAGCUGCAAUAGAAGUCGACAAAGUGUACGCGAUACCAUCGAAUCACACUCAAUAUAACAACGCCCUGACAUAAGUGGCUCAAUUGUAAUGCAAUAUGUAAUUAAUUUAAAUUUAUGUAAAAUUUCCAUUUCUUGAAUGGUUGGACUGGACGGCCUUCCUUGUGUAGUGUUUAAAAAUCAAGGGUAUUCUCGUUGUUGUGAUUCUUUCUUUUUCUUUGUUUUUCUAUGCCAUCGCAUUUCGUUGCGACGUAUGGUGUUUUCUUUUCUAUAUGCCUGUCCGUCGUGCAGUUAAAGUCGUGCUGUUUCGGUCCAAGCGGUCACCUAGUUGAUCAUGUUCUUUACCGCCGACAAGAUGUUGGUUUCGUCUUCGACUGCGUCUUCGUCUCCAUUCUCGUUGUGGCAGUCGCUCAAAACAAUGGAGCACCCGCUAAUGGUCUUAAAGUCCUUGUUGGUGCGGGCCUUCUGGCAGAAGAGUUUCUCCCACAACCGGUGCUCGCUGGAAGUGGUGAGCGCCAUACCAAAGUCGAUGGCUUCGAUGGUGGCCCCGAGAGCGGCGUCGUCGUCAACAUUGCACCAGUUGCAGCCCCAGCGGCCCUGGCUGUAAUAAGAUCCCCCGCCGUAGCCAAGGGUAUCGAUGUCCUUGUUUCCCCCGCGAAGAGCGGAAAGGAU